AUGCCUACUCAAGAAGUCUGUAUCGUCCCGACCAAGCCGGACAACUUUCGCCUGCCGAGAGAACGGCUAGGUAUUUCUCGUCUGGAUACCGGGCCUGACAAGCCCGGCUCCCACGAUAUCGUCGGGGUCCUUCUGCAGCAGAACCAUGACAAGCACCACAUGUAUUUUCGUGAUAUUGCGGGCCACAACCACAUUCCGCACGCGAUUCUGACUACUAUGGCUAUGGGCGGUACGGUCAAGGAGCUGCGGCGCGCAUACGACGAUGGCGAGGCAAUCCAGCGGCCCAAGACAGCACCUGAUCCCAUUGCCGUCGGCGAGAUGGAAGAUCCAUUCAAAUUUCUCGACCGCAUGCAGGAAAUCGAAGAGUACUCAAAUUUUCUUGCCUUCUUUGAAAAGGAGUUUGAGGCCAAUCAAGGGCAGUGGCAGGAUGUUUUCAAUCACUUCGUUUUUGCCCGCAAUCCGCAGUCGGACUUCUUGCUUGCGCAGAUGUUCGAAGGCCUCUACCACCCGCUGAUCCACUUGAGUUUCGGUGUCGAGUUUGAGCUUUCAAGGGCUUGUGGCUGA